AUGAGUCAAUCUUCUGAUUUACAAAGAAUUCACGUUUUAAACCUACCGGAUGAAAUAUUUCUCAACAUCUUUAGUUAUAUCAAUUUUUCAUCACGUAAAAAAGUUUCUCGGGUUUGCAGAAGAUUUUAUGAAUUAAUGUGCGUCGUAAGACAAGAUUGUCAUCCUUUAGAACUUUCGCGUUCGCAGAUUUGCGACGAGGAAAUUCGCAGUUCAAUUGUCAACUCUUCUCGUAAGUUCGAAGAUUUAACAAUCUAUAGAAAUUCACCUACGAUAUCUAUCUCUAAAAUGGAAAUGAAUGCUAUAGAAAAUAGUUUUAAGUUAUUGGAAUCGGACUUGAGAAGAAUAUUUGAUUGCAUUCCUAACGUGGAAAAUUUGACACUGGAUUGUAUUGCAGUCAAUAUCGACACUAACGAAAAUAAUUCUGAGCUCAACUUAUACAAACUGAAGAAACUAACAAUCAUGGAUAGCUCCAACUGCUUGAAUAUCCUCAACAGAUUACCAAAAGAUACAUUAAAAGAAGCAAUUAUGAUGUCUACUCAUGAAGAAGAAAUACGAUUUCAACAGUUCUUCAAUCAACAAACAAACAUUAAAAUGCUUGAAUUAUCUGAAAACAGCCAAGUUAAUUUCGAUCAUCUCAGACUUGAACAUCUGAAACUUUAUCCUUGUAUAAAUUGUAUAAAUCAUUCAAAUAUUUUGCGACACCAGCCGAGACUUCGUUACAUCGAUUUUUCAAAUUGUUUAAUUGAUGAUGAUACUUUUACGGCAAUUUGUGAAUUGAGAAAUCUCGAAGUAGCAAAAAUGCGCGUCGAUCUUGGUUUGCCUUGUCGUGUCUUCGAAUCUCUUAAAAACCUCACUCAUUUAAAGGAACUUCAGCUAAAAUCUGAUCAAAUUCAUGAGUGUAAUCAUCUCCUCGAGUUGAGCAGAAUGCAUUUAAAGAUUGAAAAGUUGAAACUUUUAUAUGAGGAGGAAAAAAUUCUACCAGAAUUCUUCAUUCAAUUGAGCCAACACUUCCGAAAUCUCAAGCAAGUUACAAUAGCCAAUCGCUCGAUCAGUACUAUUAACACAAUUUUGGAACACUUUCCCAAUUUGGAGUCGAUUAUUUUCAAUUGUGACUCCUGGUCACCAGAAGAAGAUAUUUUAGUCAUCAGUGAAAAUCUAAGACAUGAGAAGCUUAAGGAAAUCAUUGUGACCCAUAUUUUUGACGAUUCAGCCGAUAUCACAAGAUCGCUUCUUACACUUCUCAAUGUUUGUCCGAAUCUCGAGCGAAUCAUGUUAUCACAGCUGGUUGAAGUUUAUUAUGAAGAUCUGCAACAAAUUAUCAAUGAUCAUUCUAAAUUAACUCAUUUGAGUCUUGAAUUCGAUACUUUUGACUUUGAAGAUGGAAUAAUUGAUCUUAUCCGCACAGCAGCAAGCAGACUUCAAUUUAUUGAAUUAGAGGGACUCUUUAGUUCGGCUGAUUUUCAAACUGAAUCAUCUCUAAAAGACCUGUUUGAGGACGAAUUUACCUAUAUCAGUUAUUCCGAUUAUGGCUAUGAUGAUUUUAUAUAUGAUGGCACACUCACCAUGAAGAAACGAAAUGUUUCAAAGUGGUAUAGAGAUUUAAAUAUGUAA